AUGGCGGCGGAGUGUGUACUUAGGAAUUUAUUUCCAGAAUAUAAGGGAAUCAAUAUCAAUUGCACAAUUGAAGAGGGGGGUGCUACGGCUCCAACUUCGUGUCCCAAUGCGCCGAUAGUCCGCCCUCGGCUUUUCCACUUUCGACUGUACGAUCGAGAAUUCUUCGGAGACUCCAAUUCUCCUCCUCUCGCAAGUGGCCCUCUAGCGCUGCCGGCGCUGUUCGUGCAAUUGAAAAAGUUUGUUCAGCGAAUUAACAAUAGCCGACGUACGACGGGAAUAAGCGCAACAAAGUAA